AUGACUUUUUCAGUGGUGCUGGGUCAGGAUGGCUGGAGUGUAACUUACACCAAGAAUAGAAUCUGUGUCUUGAAGGGGUCUUCAGUGGAGCUGUCCUGCUCUUACACAUAUCCCAGUGGUCAUAAAGUCACAACAACCUUCUGGUUCACUGAAUUGGGGACUGGUGUAGAACCUGACAGUCUAGGUCAGGACCCAGAGUAUUCAGGUCGUCUGGAGUAUCAUGGAGACAAGAAGAAUGGUCAAAGCCUGAAAAUAACAGACCUGGGAGAGAGUGACUCUGCUGAGUACAAGUUCAGAUUUAUGACAAAUCAGGAAAAAGGGAAAUAUAUGGGCAGUCCUGGAGUCACUCUGUCUGUCACAGGUCUUCAGGUGAAGGUGACUGGUAAGACACUGACCUGUAGCACCACCUGUACUCUGACUGACAACCCCACCUACAUCUGGUACAAGAACGGACACAAAGUAAAGGAGGACACUUCCAGCCUGUACUCAGACUCCUUUAGUGAUACAGACAGGUACUCCUGUGCUGUAAAAGGCCAUGAGGAUCUCCACUCUCUUGCAGUGUGUAAGAACUGUUGGAUUGUGACUUACACCCAUCAGAGUAUCUGUGCCUUGAAGGGGUCAACAGUGGACAUAUCCUGCUCUUACACAUAUCCCAUUGAUCAUGAGAUCAAAACAACUUUCUGGUUUACUAAAUGGGAGUCUAAUAUGGAUCCUGAAGAUCUGAGCUCAGUGCCAGGAUAUGAGGGUCAUAUAGAGUACCUUGGGGAUAAGAAGAGUGAGGGUACCCUGAGAAUCACAGACCUGAGAUUGAGUGACUCUGCUGAGUACAGAUUCAGAUUGAUAACAUCUGGAGAAAAGUUUGCUGGCUCACCUGUCUCCCUGACUGUCACAGAUGUUGUGUUGGAGAUGGUUCCUACAUCUGUGUCAGAGAGUGAGAGUGUCACACUGACAUGUAGAACCAAAUGUACGCUGGACCCCAUCGCAGCAUUUAUUUGGUAUAAGAAUGGACAGCCUAUACCAAACAGCAACACCUACUCUCCUGUCUAUAGCCUAUUCUCAGUCAGCAGUGAGGAUACAGGCAGAUACUCCUGUGCUGUAGAAGGCCAUGAGGAUCUCCCUCUGCUGAAGAGACUCUCACGGUCAGAUAUGGUCCAAGGAACACCUCAGUAUCAGUCAGUCCCUCUGGUGAAAUAGUGGAGGGCAGUUCAGUGACUCUGACCUGCAGCAGUGAUGCCAACCCACCUGCGGACAAAUACACCUGGUACAAGA